AUGGGGACGUCGGUAUCCAAGUUAUCCAAAGAAGAUCUAAAAAAGCUCCGCGAUGCAACAUACUUUGAUAAAAGGGAACUUCAGCAGUGGUACAAGGGUUUUUUAAGAGACUGUCCGUCGGGCCAAUUGUCCGAGGAAGAAUUCGCCAAAGUGUACAAGCAAUUUUUCCCAUUCGGAGAUCCCACCGAGUACUGUCAUUACUUGUUUUUGGUGUUUGAUCUCGAUAACCUGAAGUACAUUGACUUCAAGGAAUUCAUAGUGGCGCUCAGUAUCACGAGUCGAGGGAGUGAAGAGCAAAAGAUCAACUGGACUUUUAAACUAUACGACUACAAGAAAACCGGCAGGUUGACCUACAACGACAUCUUACCCAUCAUUCAAGCGACGUACAAGAUGAUUGGUCCUAUGGUGGCCCUCCCCGAUGACGAGAAGACUCCAGAGCUUAGAACGGAAAAGUGGUUUAAAGUGCUAGGUAAAAACAAGGAUACAGAUGAAAUCACGUUGGAAGAUUUUCUCAAACUAGCAAAAUCAGAUUCUGCAAUCAUGAAUUCACUCAACACGUACCAGGGCUUAGUGUGA